AUGUCAUCUGGUAGGAACUCUUCGGAUUCUAACGUCGACUCAGGCGACGAGUGGGCGGCCCCGCCAAAGCCGCUCCCGGGAAGCAGCGUGGCUUCUACUUCUGCUGCGGACGCAGCGGCCGCGUCUGCUGGCGGUUGCCGCACCAUGGAGGUGAUGGAUGCUGUCGAGCGCGACUUGGCCGGCGCCUGUGUCUCUGUAUUGUUUCAACUCCCCAGUGGUGAGACGUAUUCGGCGAGGUUUUUCAUGGGUCAGAGCGUAGAGCACAUGAAGGCGCUGCUGGAGAGGGAGAAAGGCCUGCCCUACGAGAAGACGACCCUGUACCUCGGGGACCGCGUGCUGUUUGACCCCCUGUCCUUGAGCGACCUCCCCUUCGACUCGAAGAUGGAAAACCACGUCAAGGUUGAAAUGGCCACCUGA